CGGGACAUCGAAUUUACCUUUCUAAAGAGGAGCAGGAUGGGGCAGAGUUAUGCAAAGGCAGGGGGAUAUGACGUUUCAGCCACUCUCAACUGCUGUUUAAUUAAUCAUGAUGAAGACCGAACCCCCAUCUGCAGCCAGUGGCAGCACCACCAACCCUCUCGCAGCUCGGAGCGCAUCGCCACACAGGAAUGCAUACGAGGCAGGAAUUCAGGCCCUCAAGCCUGUCAAAGACCCCGACGCUGCUAAAGGUGAGGAUGGCAAGGAGGGAAAGCGACCUUCAGGUAGGGGCCGCAGGUACGGCUCCAACGUCCAUCGAAUCAAGAACAUGUUCAUGCAAAUGAACUCCCCGGGGGAGGAAGAGGAUCCAUCGAAGGUGAAAGAUCAAACCGUGAGGCUCUCCCUGCCAAGAGCCAGUAGUCUGAAUGAAAACGUUGACCACAGCGCGUUGCUCAAGCUCGGCAGCACCGUCUCCGAUCGCGUGAGUCGCUUAGAUGGAAAAGCUGAAGGACCCGGUAACUAUGGACCUUCCUCAGGAUCCUCCAAGCUGCAGGAGACACGCAAGAUAUUCGAGCAGCGCCACCUGCAGGAGAAGCAAGCCGCCACCAACCGCAUCCUGCUGAAAAAGGAGCGCGCCUCGGGCUUCCAGGACGGUCGCCUGGACGUCGUCGUACGAUUCAACGGAAGCACGGAAUCCCUCGACAGGCUGGAUACAGAUGGCGGGCCUGUUGAAGCGGUGUCGCCCACAGUCAGCCAGCUGAGCGCGGUGUUUGAAAAAGCAGAAUUGCGCAACAAUAUCCAUCGGCCUUCCUCGACAUCGCUGCUGCCCUCUCGGCCCAAGACCAUCCCCAAAAAGGUGAGAACGUUGUCACAGUCGGGAAGCCUAGAAAAUGACGCGCAGGCCAAGGAACAAGAAGCUACCACCGAUAGUCCCAAAAAAACACAAAGCAACAGCGUCAACGCGUCUUCAGAGACGGACACGAAGCAGUUAAAUGAACUUGAGGACUCGACAGAUUCAAGCACAGUCAAGGAGGCCAUUUCUCCGGACGCUGGAGGCAGACUGGUGCAGGCAGAGGUCCAUGCUUCUCUGGAGAAUGGGGAGGCCGAAAACGAACAGACAGACAAAAGCUGGCCGACCCCAGGAGACACCAGUCCUCAAGAAGAUGUGGCAGCUGAGGAAGAUCACCUCAGGGAGGAUUACUCUGAAGCUGACCUGAUAGAUAUUAGCGCCUACAGUGGAAUAGGUGAGGACUCUGGUGGGAGUCAGCUGGAUGAAGAUGAGGAGGCAGAUGAUGACGAUGCUUACGAACCGGAAUCCAGCUGCACGGAAAUCCCAGGACUCCCGGAUGAAGAUGAGCCUCCGACCAGCAGGAAGAUCUGCUUUAGCUCUGGACCUAUAAAGGUGUUCACCACAUACUCCAAUGAAGACUACGACAGACGUAACGAUGACGUGGACCCAAUGGCAGCCUCAGCCGAGUACGAGCUGGAGAAGAGAGUGGAGAGGCUGGACCUUUUCCCCGUGGAACUGGAAAAAGAUGGUGACGGGUUAGGGAUCAGUAUUAUUGGAAUGGGUGCCGGUGCAGACAUGGGUCUGGAGAAACUUGGAAUCUUUGUCAAGACUGUGACAGAAGGAGGUGCUGCUCACCGUGACGAAAGGAUCCAGGUGAAUGACCUGAUAGUGGAGGUAGAUGGCACCAGUCUGGUUGGUGUGACACAGAAUUUUGCAGCAUCUGUUCUAAGAAACACCACCGGCACUGUCAAGUUUAUAAUUGGACGGGAGAAGCCAGGCGAGCAGAGUGAGGUGGCCCAGCUGAUCCAGCAGACACUGGAACAGGAACGAUGGCAGAGGGAGAUGAUGGAGCAGCGCUAUAACCAGUACAUGGAGGAGGAUGAAGAGGGGGGCGAGUAUGGCACGGAUGAGGAUGAGGAGAUGAGCCCCAUGUUCCCUAAUGCUAUCGAGGUGUUUGACCUAGCUGAAGGCGAAGACAUGCUCUCUCCGGUGGAGAUGGACCCAGAGAAGCUCACCCACAAGUUCAAAGAGCUCCAGAUAAAGCAUGCUGUAACUCAGGCUGAAAUCCAGCAACUGAAAAGGAAGCUGGCUCACGCGGAGCAGGAGAAGCUGCGCUGGCGGAUGGAGAAAGCACAGCUGGAGCAGACGGUACGGGAGACGAAGGAGCGCAUGGAGAAGCUGGAGGGCUACUGGAUGGAGGCUCAGAGCCUGUGUCAGGCGGUGGACGAGCACCUCAAGGAGACGCAGGCCCAGUACCAGACACUGGAGCGCAAGUACAGCAAAGCCAAACGCCUCAUCAAAGAAUACCAGCAGAAAGAAAUAGAGUAUCUGAAGAAGGAGACGGCACAGAGACGCGCACAGGAGGAAACGGAGGCCGACCACAAGGAGGAAACAGACAGCCUCCAGGGAAAGAUUACAGACCUGGAGACGAAGGUGGGCGCACUGAAGAGCUCAGACCCCUCCUAAACAUCCACAGGAACGAGAGAGAUCGAGGAGGA